AAAACCAGCAGCUUGACGACCUCAUUUUGCAGAAUGUAGCAGGCCUGCUUCAAGGCCUUAUUAACUGUGCAGAGAGAAGCAAUGGAUUACAAAGUACAGCCUAUUAAAGCUAACGUGGAAAUAUGCAAUUGCUCGAUAAUCAAAAACAAAUAAUUCACAGCUGUGUUGGUCUGGUCCUAGCUGAAUUAAUUGGCGAGUCACUAGGUUAUCUCUCAUAUAAGCAGGAUAAUGACUGGAUGAUGGGAAACGAGACUGAAUCACCCUGCAUCUUUCUGCUGCUGGUAUCGUGGGCGGGUUGGUAAGAAUGGCACGGAAACAGUUGGCAUUUUUCAUUACGUUGCUGCUUGUCCUGCAAAUGGCAUUGGUGCUCUUUGCUCUCUAUCGGCAGUUUAUACUGAAGUGGUCCGUAGAUCACUUGGGCACAUCACUGAACCUCCAAGGGGACGCGCAAAUCCCAGAACCAAACCAGCAAAGGUUCUGGAAAGUUGACGAGAACAUCAGAAACAUCACCAGUACCCUGAGGGUAGACAUAGGAGGCGGCCGGGUCCCAAUAGUUAUCAACAGAACAUUCUCAUCGGCUCUCACUCCUGCCAGUACUUUCACUCUGGUGACAAGAAAUUUUGCCGAUGAGUUUCCAUAUCUGCAGAGCUACAUAUGUCAGAUAGCGAUAGCCCCGCCUGACCUGUGUCACGUAUCCAGUGGACAACGGCUAAUUUUGCUGGCUCUCAAAUCUCACUCUUCUAGGUUUGACAGGCGCCGCUUACUGCGGGAUACUUGGGUGAAGGAUUCAACCAAACCUGAUGUGGUGGUACGUCACAUCUUUCUCUUGGCUCAGGUGGAAGAAAAAGGCAUCAUGGAUCUCGUGAAGUUGGAGUCCAACUCUUUCGGAGAUCUGAUCGUGUGGAACUUUACCGAGACUCAUCACCACUUGCCACUGAAGGAGCGCUGCUUUCUGGAGUAUCUUUCACACAGCUGCUCAGCUGCCUCAAUGGUCUUCAAAGGGGAUGAUGAUAUUUUUGUAAACCUACCAAACCUUUUGACGUAUCUGCAGCAAAACCAAGAUGAGUCCAAGCCAAUGAUGUAUGGAUAUAUUCACUGGAACGAUCCUGUCCUCAGGUUCGGUAAAUAUAGUGUGAAUAGAACUUUGUAUUUCUGUAACCAUUACCCACCGUUUGCGGCUGGGGGUGCCUUCAUCAUGACAAUUAGUUCCGUGAGGAGAUUGUACAAAGCGUCCCUUAUUGUCCCAGUCUUCCCACUAGAUGACGUUUACCUGGGGUUCCUCGCCUUUGCUGGAGGCGUGGAGAUGAAGCACGACGAUCGCUUUGACGUGUUUGGAUAUUUUAAGAAAGACGUUUGCUCGAUCCAGAAGGUCCUGGCGAAACACGGAUUAGGUCCAGCGGAAAUUAAAUCACUGUCGUCACAAAUUCAAAGUGAAAAAUCCUGUUUCUGAAAUGUUUUCAUUUGAGGUUGAGGUGAACGACCAAUUCAUUUAUAUAUAUAUAUCAUCUGGAGGAUUGUUUGUCAGAACAAUUCAAGGAAAAUCCUAUGUCAAAUAGUGUUGUGGGUACUUUAUUUGAAGGACAGUGUUUCCAAAUAGAGCACAAUGUCCACCUCGCUGCACUUGAGUGUCAACCUAAAUAAUAGUCAUUAUAUUUGAUAUAGCACCUUUCACGUUCGAGAGG